AUGCCAUCAAUCAUUAAAGAAGAACCAUCAUCGAUAUUACCAUUAAUUGAUUUAUUCCCUGUUCCAGAUAUCAUUGGUGGCAAUAUAAAAUUAAACAAAUCAUCUAUUUUUUCAGGAAUAAAAAAGGAUGCUCGAGUACAAUUUAUUGAUUACAUUGAUACAUAUGAAUAUCCAUCAUUCGCUGUAGCAAUGGCUGAAUUUAAUGGUACGGGUUCAGAGGAUGAAAACGAUGAUGAUGAUGAUGAUGAUUCAUCGACUAAUAAUGAUAAUAAUAGUAUAAAAACAAAUGUUAUUGAUGAGAAUGCAAAUGAUCAAAUUGAUGAUGAACUUGAACGAUUGGCACUUAUAAAUGCAAAAUUUAAUUCGAAUGAUCUCGCAGAAAAGCCAUUACAACCAAAAGGUUCGUUACAUACAUUUCGUCCAACACAUCUUGUUCAAUAUGAAUUAGGUGCACAACAUGAUUCUUUAUCAUAUUCCAAUUCGUCAGAUAUAUUUUCUCAUGAUAACUAUUUUUCUUCAACAAAUAAUUUUACAAAUCAUUCCUUAAUAAAACAACAAAAAACACCAUUUGAUAUGCCAAAUAAUAUUCAAUGGAGUUCAAUGUCAACAACUACUGAUUUACUUUUUUGA